UGUUGUGGCGCUGUAUUGCGGUUGUGGUAGGGAGGAGUUGAAAACUGCAGUCUCUUUCAACAAUGUCGGUUGUUUCUGUGGAGGUGCGGCGGCUGUUGCCAUGGCAGCACAUAGUUAGCAAACUAUCUUUAGGCUAGCAGUCCUCGGUAAAAUAACUUGAUAUAAAUAUAUACAAACAUAAUACGAAAAAUAUAAAUAUUGAGAAGCAAACGUUUUGGAAAAUGCAGAAAAGAAUCACCGCAGUCUUCUUCAAUGUUGAAUAAUAUUUUCGGGAGUGGCGCAUAAGUAAAUCCGAAUCGAAAAAGUAGUGUUUGGUCUCUUUCCAGACUGAGGCACGUUAUCAGUCCUAACCUGGUGCUGUUGCUAGGAUAAAACAAAGUAGCUGUGUUGGGUUGUGUCUGUUGUGGUUUAAAAUGUAUAAACUAAGCAAUAUAUUUCUGUUAAAUGGUGUAUAAACCUCGUUCAAACACUAUGGGGACUUUUGAAACUGCAGUGGCUGUUUAUUGUGAAGCAGAAGACGAAGACGAUGCCGAAGAGGAGGAGUACUAUGAAUUUGAACCUCUACCUACGUUGUUAGAAGAUGAGGAGAAUGUGUCCCUUGCAGAUAUCCUGUCACUGCGGGAUAGAUGCCUAUUGGAGCAGGAUAUCUGGGCUGUCUGCCUGGAGUGCGCCCACUCCUUGAAGAGUAUUUCCCACUCACCGCUUUUCCACACACUCUGCAUUACCCCUGAUACUUUGGCCUUUAAUGCAAAUGGAAACGUGUGCUUCAUGGAACAGCUCAGUGAUGAUCCAGAGGGUACUUUUGUGCCUCCUGAGUUUGACAGAACAGGAAACACCUUUGAGGCACACAUCUAUUCUCUGGGUUCAACCUUAACAGCAGCUAUUGAAUAUAUCAUAGAGCCUGAACUGGAGCCUGAGCUUAGUCAAGAGCUGAAGGUGAUUUUGGAACAGAUGCAGCUAGAGAAACCUGAAGAUAGACCAGAUAUUGAGACUGUUAUUAGGCUUGGUGAAGGAAAUACGAAGGGUGCCUCAGCAGAUAUUUGUCGUAAACUCUCUGCCAUAGGACGAAGAGUGUUAUCAAUUGAAUCAGUUUCUGCUUUUCAAGAUGGUUGUGAAAGUCCAUGGAAGGGAAGAGAGCGGCAGGCAGGUGUUGGACGUGAGCUGCAAGAUUAUGAACGUAAUCCAGCAGAUGGAUCUUCCAGCACUGAGGAUCUGGUAUUUGAUCCUAAUUUAUUGAAGAAUCAGAUUGCAAAUGUGGCUGAAAGAGAGGGAAAAUGUGUGCAAGAUUUAGUGGUGUCUGUGAAAAAAAACUCUGCAGUGCAGAACUCAGUUGAAGAGAGAAGAGAAAAUGAGAAUCAGUCUCUAUCUAAUGAUCGAGAUACUAAUCUUCAAUCAGAGCUUGAUACCACAUCCAUAGAGCCAAAGAAAAUGUCUCCAGUGAUGAACCUAAAAUUAGCAAAACUAUCAAAGAAAAAAGACUGUCCUCAAGUUGAAUCAAGUACACCUACAGAACAGACUGCUUCAUCACUUUCAGACUUUAACAAAGGUGUAAUCUCUUUGCAAGAUACCAGUAGUUUAAGUCCUAUCAAACAGACAGAAUCUGGGAGGAUAGCGCCCAUACUGAAUCAUUCUAAUUCCUAUCAGAGUACUCUUCAUUUUCUUCCAUUUAAAGCCAGCAGAACUGUGUCUGUAACAGACCUUUCUGAAAUAUUGCCGGAAGCAAAAAUUGUUCCCAGUCUUGAAAUAUUAACAGAUGACAGCAGCAGAAGUUAUACAAAGCCUUUACUUCCCCAAGAAGAGAUGUACUUUGAAACAAAUGAAUCCUCAGCAUAUUUGCCAAUGCAUAGCAAAACCAGCUCUUCCCCUGUUGAGGUGGAAAACUUUACAUCACCUGUUCACUGCGUCCAAAGCCCUACUGAACCAAACAAAAAUGCUGUAUCUAGCCCAGACACCAAACCUGUAGUUGGAAACAGUAAGUUGAAUCAUAAACAAACCCAAAUGAAGUCUUCCCCUAUAAAUGAAAGUUGGUUAAAUAACAACAUAUACCAAACUGAAGACAACCACAUGAAGAAAAGUAUGCUGUGUCUUAAUGAAGAAACCCAGGAUGAAUGGAUAUCGCUAAAGGACCUUCUCUCUCGUUGUGGUAGACCAUUGUCAGUUAAUGAACUGUGGGCUCUGUGUCACAUAUGCCUUUAUACUCUCCAGACCUACAUAGAUUUUCCAGCCUAUUUAUGCCUGGACUCAGUUUAUGUUGGUUGUGAUGGCGAACUCCUGUUUUUAACUCCAAAAAACACAGGUACCUGUGAUUCAUUUUACUGGGCACCAGAAUUUCAAGAACAUGGUAUCGUUACUGAAAAGGUUUGUGUCUAUGGUGUGGCAGCUAUUCUCUGGGCUGCAGCAAAGUUUAACUAUUCACCAAAUCAAAAGUUAGCAUUGCCAAGAAAGUUAAAGAGGCUGCUGCUUGAGAUGGCAAAAAGAACUCCCAUUGAGAGGCCAUCUAUUGCUGUGGCACAGAAGACAUUCAAAGGGGACAAUGUAGUAAAACCUGAAGAAGCUGCUGAUAUUAGGCAUAGUCCAAGUCCACAUGAAUCUUCAUGUUUCAAGACAGGAUUUGUGCCGAUCGCUGGUGAGAACAAGCUGACUGCUAUAAAGGGUCCAGUUCCUUGUCUGUAUUCUGUAAACAGCUCUUCCAAUCUGCCUGAUGCCUUCUUGUCUUCAGCAACCCACUUCAGACCUAUAAUCCUCACACAGAAUACAGAGACAGCAGGUACCAAAAAUGAAUAUAAAAGUUCUAGUGCCAAACAACAAGUGAAAGCCAUCAAAAAAGAAAUCCUGGAAAAGAAGGGACUGGUACUUGUGAGUGACAUUGAAAAUGAUGUUAAUGAGAACGUGAUCAAUGAAAGGCAGAAGAUCUCCCAAAACAGCACUUUAAAGCAAAACACUUCUGAAUCUUUUCCAGUUCUCCUAAACUCUGCUGGAUGCACAGAUGCUGAAAAAAAGAGUGUUCCGACUAGUAGUUCAAGCUCUUCAUCUGCUUCAGUAUUACCUGGUAGCCCCAUUGUUAAUAAUUUUUUCCUUAGACAGGAUCGAAAAACUGGACUAAUAACUUUAUUACCUGUCCAAGUAGCCAUACCAGAGCAGCUCCCAGGCUUGGAGUUUAGCAUAGAACCUGGGUCAAGCUCACACCAAAAGCUGUCUUCCCUCCUCGGAGAAAGUAAGAAAAUAGAGAGGGUCAUGAUGUCUGCCAACCCAAAGAGCAAUCUUUGUGAGCCUGCUGACGGUAGUGGUGAUUUAAUUACCCCAGUGAAUCACUACCAUGCUCUCAAAGACAACGCAGCUGCUGUUGAAAGGUCUACGACUUCCUCACCCAUCUCUUCUGUAACUCAGGACAUUCCAAGAAUACUCUUAAAAGGUCACACUGCCAAAAAUGAAGCUAGACCAGUAGAAGUUGUGGAUUCUUUUGUAGAUUCUUGUGGAGAUCUAACAAUGACACAUCCAUUUGGUUCAAGUUUAUCUUUAGACCAAAGGAGCUCAUCCCUGCAAAAUGUUAUAUGUCUUAUUAAAGAGGAAUUUGCAUUUGAUGGCUACCUGGAAAAUGGAGUUGAAGAUCUUGCAAUGGGAGAGUACAUCCUCUCUCUAAAGGAACUUCAGUUCAGCACAUUUUGCAAUGCAGUAUCUGAGAAAUUCUGUGACCUGUACUGGGAUGAAAGAUUACUAGAGACACUGUACAAAGUUGUCAAUGGAAAGCAUCCCCAAACUUCUCGGGUCUAUUCCAAAUCUGUUUUAAACUUUGACAGUUCUGCCUCUGUGAGCAGAAAACAAAGAAAGUCUCAAGAUAUUUGCGAGAAGAGUCCCAUUGAUCUGCAGAGAAAUGCAUCUCUGAACCAGCAACUGGAAUCAGCAACUGGAACCUUAUAUUUACCAGGUGAAAGGUGCACUGAGAAAGGAACAGAGACCUCUAACAGUGCCAAUCUAGCAGAGCCAGACAAGGAAUCCCUCCCUGACACAGAGGUAGAACUACCCUGGAAAGAUACAUUUGAUGAAAUGGACUUGAAAAAUCUUCAUCCAGACAGCCAUGAUGGAAACCCUAGAAAUCCUGAGUCACCUCUGUCUGGAAAAGAGGAAUAUGUUUCUAGCAGGGCUUGUACUUCAGGGGAAAAGGAUGAACUCAGUCUAGGUUAUACAGAGGAGAUUGAAGAUACCGAUUCUGUGAGUUCAGAAAGAAUGCCUGAAAAUAGCCGUUCUUCAUCUCCCUUUCAAACAAAUGUUCGAAAGUGCAAUCCAGGCUGGACUAGUGUGUUUUACGGGGCUGAUUGCUUUGGGGAAGAGGUUCUGAAUUACGUGAAGAAGCUUGGCAGGAGAAAUGAGGCACCGUGCGUGGAUGUUAAAAUGUUGAAGUCUGUCAUAGAACAAGACCUUAACCAGGAGCUUCAGCAGCAGCUGAUGAUAGAGACAAAGAAUCUGAAAAAGACCAGAACAUUCUACCAGAAACUCUUGCACCAAGACAGACGAAACAAAGGUUCUGAAGCCAAAAUCAUGUUACCUAAACUGAAAGGCCAAUUGGAAGAAAUGAGAUCCAAAGUAGAAUUUCUGGAAUUAAUUAAAAAAUACUUGGAGAUUUUGUGUAUGGAGCAAUGGGGUCUGGAUACCUCCCUCCUCCCUACCCUGGCAAACUCUGGAUCAGGGGCUGCAACUCUAAAUCCUUCUGAAGACAACUUACUGCUAACUUUCCAAUCUGUGAAAGUAAGCGGGAAAAUCAGCCAAAACAAAACAAGAAUGCUACAAGCGGGAACACCACUUGGACUUAUGUGCUACCUUUAUGCUAGGUAUGCAGUUCUGGAUGGUUACAUGCAACAGUUCCUUUACACGUUUCGUUAUUUCUGUACACCAAAGGAAUUUCUUCAGUUUUUGAUUGAUACAUUGAACAGUGCAGUCAGUUCAAAUCAAGGGUACUUAUCUGAUUGCGCAAAGGUAUACAACCGCACAUUAGAUCUACUGCAAGCAUGGGUUGAAGACUGCUACCAAGUGGACUUUGUGCCUGAUUCCAAUCUCUUAAACAUGCUGGAAGAUUUCAUUUCAGCCAAGGUCCUUCCAUUGGACAAUCGAGGGGAGCAAUUACUAGCAUUGCUACACAGUGUCCCUAAGAAAAAGAGGUCCCACAGCGAACCAAGUGAAGAUGACACAAAGUCAGUUCAUUCCUUGUGCAGAAAAAUAUCAGCUGAGGAGACUUCUAGAAAGAGUUUUCACUUGAGAAUGUCUAAAGGUGGAGAAGCAAUUAGUCCAGUGCAAAAAGAACAGUAUUCUAUUGCAGCAGCCUUGCCCAGACCCUGUUACUCUUCUCUCAUUGACGAGCUCUCAAGUUCAUGUGUGAGAACAGAAGAAAACUAUCCAUUAUUUCAAAGUGAAUAUAACACUCAACAAAUUGUGCACCAGCUUACUUUACUUCAGCAGGAAAUGUUUCAAGGAUGCCACCCAGUUCAUUUUCUUAAUUCAAGAGCACUUGGUGUCAAAGACAAAACACUACAUAUUACAAAAACCUUUGGUCAGGACACUUUGCCAUUAGAGGGCAGCAGCCUCUUUGCUUCAGAAUCUUCACAAGACCAAUACCUGCUGCAACUUCUGAGAUACGGAGACAGUGUCAGUAACUGGGUCUCUGCAGAAAUUGUCAUCUGUGAUACGCCAAAGGCACAGGCUGGAUUACUGUGUCAUUGUGUUCUCCAUACUGCAAAGCUUUGUUACGAAUUAAGAAAUUUUGCCACAGCAAUGCAUAUCCUUUGUGGACUUGAAAACGUAAUAGUCAGACAGUUACCUGCAUGGAAGAACCUUUCUUCAAAAGUUUCAGAAAUCAUGGAGGAGCUGAAAGCUGUUCAGGUGUUCUUAAAAAGCGAUAAUCUAUGUUUAAUGGAAGGAGACAGAUUUAAAAAGCUACCAACCAUCCCUUCAGCUCACCUUCUGGCCAUGCAUGUUCAACAGCUUGAAAUUGGUGCAUUGACAAUGGCAAAUGGUGCCUAUAAAUGGCCUAAACUCAGGAAUAUAGCUAAGGUAGUGAGCCAGGUUCAUGCCUUUCAGGAAAAUGUGUAUACAUUUGUUCCUGACUUGGAUCUGCAAGCUUACCUGAGACAUCGCAUUGCCCAGUUCUGCCAGGCUGACAUUCCUCUUCUUGCUGCAGAGAACAACACUAAUUUUCAUCAGAUACCAACGGAGAAGCAUUCUCGAAAGAUUCACGACACAUUACGGAGAAUGAAGGCAACAUUUCAAUAACUUCCACUGUUCAAAGAUGUUUUUGAGAUCAUUUGCAUUUAAAGCUUAUCUGUGACUUGCAGACAGGGAGACAACUCACCUUUUAAACUAACUAUACUUCUUGCUAUGUCUAAUGUACAUUUAAAUUGGCAGCCCCUAUUCUACAUAUAUGCCUGCUAAAAUGACAUAUACUUGUCUGUGGUUUUAAGUGGCUUCUGUCGUCCCAUUACCUUCAUGUGGUCAUUGUUAUUUCUGUGGGGGUGGAGGCUCUAACUGUUCCACAGUCUUGUCAAUUAACCAGUCAGGUCAGCAGUGUGGGUAUGUAGACUAAGGGCUCCUAAACAAAGAGAAACAGUGACAAAGUUAAGUUAUUGGUGGCUUGCAUACAACAUAAUAUAAUGUAGUUAAUCAGUUAAUGCAGUUUUAGAAAAUCACAAGCCUUCACUGUAAUCAUGUUCUCCACUUUAUUAAAAAAUAUAUAGAAAUCCUUCUAUUUUCGGCAUGUGCUAAAGUAGAAUGUGAGUCCACUACUUAUGUCACGUUCCACUUUUUCUAACAGUACAUUAAAAUAAA